AUGGCUCCAUCUGCUAUCGACGUCGAGCCACCGUCUCAUGCGGCUCAGCAUGUCCUGGUCAAGCCAUGGACUCGCCCACAAUACACAACCGAGGAUCUGGAAUGGGCACCGCUCACCACAAUCGAUCUUUCUCGCUUCGACGAGCCCGGAGGCAAGGAAGAGCUUGCCGAGCAGCUUUAUGAUGCUGCCACUAGGGUUGGCUUCUGGACUGUGGUCAACAGCGGCAUCGAUGAUAAUAAGGUUCUACGACAAUUCAGUAUCGGCAACACGUUCUUUAAGCAAUCACUUGAAGAAAAGCGGUUCUUCCCUUGCAACUUUGCUGAAGGGGAGUAUUUCGGGUAUAGGGAGAACUCUCGUUGGAUCGGUGAUACCGGCGUCAAGGACAACGUUGAAAUGCUCAAUAUCCAAAAGCCGAUAGAGGCCUUGAAGGACGUUCCUAAGCACCAGAUUGUUCGCGAGAACUGGGAGGAAAUCUCUGUUUUCCAUCGAGAACUGUGGGACAAAGUCCUCCGGAAGCUAUUUGUCCUGAUUGCCAUUAUCCUUGAAUUGCCAGAGAAUUAUUUUGUCGACGCUCAUGCUUAUGAAGAAGAAUCGGAUGAUCAUCUUCGAUACAUGAUCUACAACGUGAGGACUCAGGAAGAAUGGAACAAGGCACAGAACUACAGCAAAGGUGGCCACACCGACUUCGGCAGUCUGACUCUGCUGUUCUCUCAGCACGUCGCCGGCUUGCAAAUUCGAACCCCUGAAGGAGAUUGGAAAUGGGUCAAACCUGUCCAGGGUGGAAUUACCUGCAACGCAGCCGAUACCCUGUCUUUCCUUACCAAAGGCUUCAUCAAGUCAACUAUUCACCGAGUCGUCACCCCACCCAAGGAUCAAAUGCACAUCCCCCGUCUGGGAUUGCUCUACUUCUGUCGCCCUGGUCCGCACACACCAAUGAGGGCUGUGCCAUCUCCCCUUCUCGAUCGCCUUGGUCUUUUGACCAGCGAAGACAAGGAUCCCAACAAGAAAGUGCCCACUGGGACUGAAUACGUACGAGCUAGAGUCAAGGAUGUCCAUCACAAGACCGUUAUAACGAAGCGCGAAGGGACAUCGUUUGAUUUCCACGGGCUCAAGGUCCAGAACUACUAUGAUUAG